AUGCCACCAGCUCCUGUAGCCGCCAAGACGUUCAUAGUCCCAUUUCCUGUAGCCGCCAAGACUCUCAUUCUCCCAGCUCCUGUAGCCGCCAAGACUCUCAUACUCCCAGCUCCUGUAGCCGCCAAGACUCUCAUACUCCCAGCUCCUGUAGCCGCCAAGACUCUCAUACUCCCAGCUCCUGUAGCAGUCAAGACUCCUCCAGCAGCCAUGAUUCAUACCUCCAGCUCCUUCAGCAGUGCAGACUCUCAUACCUCCAGCUUGAGCAACUCGGAGCCAUGCUUGACCAGCGCAAGACAGCUUGAGGAGCCUCACGAGCUGCCGCACUGGGAGGAGGUUCAGCUCAACCUCGUCUCUGCGCGGGACUACUUCGCUUCUCAGCUUUACUCGCAACUCGCUCAUGUCCCGGCGACGAUAUGCAGGAAGUUCUUCGUGAGAGACUCCAACGACCUGGCGGCCCUGCAACAGGUGAACAGCACGGAGUACAGGACAAACCUGUGCAAGAGGUUCUCGGUCCAUGCUCUCAGUGGUAUCGAUCCAAAUACGAAGAAAUACAGCAAGGGCCACUGCUUUGAGUUAGACCUGUGCGUGAAAGUACGGGAUGGGCCGGUUCAUCUGGACAGCAUCUUCAAUCGUGUCGUGGACUUGAAUGACAGUGAGAGCAUCGUCUGCCUCAGCAAUGAAGAUGGUCUGGCUACGACAUCCGCCGCCGAAUGCCUAAGCGACAUACGUCUUGAGCGAGGGGAGUGUUUCCACUUCGAGAUAACUGAAAGCCCGAGCUGUAUACUUGAAAAGAUGUAUCAGCUGGAUCGAGCAUAUGCCCUUCGGAAUCGGAUUCACAAGACCAACGUCGUGAUCAAGGCAAUGGGAGUGUUUGUCAACGGGAACAAAGAAAUCUUCAAGAGGAACUCGGUAAAUAUAUUGGCAAGAUGGAGAGAGGAUAAAGAAGUGAUGCUCAUUGGGAAAUCAGGAGUACCGAUCUUUCUCAUCUACACCCCAUGCAGAAAUGUCUUCACCUCGUUGGACCAGGUCCAGACGAGCCUUUCGCAUCUGGAGGGCAAGGUAGAGGAGAGGCUUGGCAAGGUAGAGGAGAGGUUUGGCAAGGUGGAGGAGAGGUUUGGCAAGGUGGAGGAGAGGCUUGGCAAGGUGGAGGAGAGGUUUGGCAAGGCUCAGGAGAGCAACAAUAGCAGGUUUGACGAGGUGCAGAAGACUCUUUGGGGCUUUAUAGCAAUUAGCAUGGCUUUUUAUGUCUCGAGUAUCUCUGGCUUCAAGUUGACUGGUCAGCACGGCGUCUAA